AUGUAUUUAUUACCGAUCGGAGAGAAGUGUACAAAAUAUUACUUGUCCUCUUCGGCUUUAGCCUACAUCUCAAGUACUUUGUUUCAGCUUGAUCUGCUAGUAUUGCUCUACCCAAUGCAACUUGUAUGUAUUCGUACAAUCCUCUCGGGUACCCAGCUUUAUCGUCCGUUGACGAAAUAA